CUCCCUGAAGAGAGUUGCCUUGGAUUAUUUCUCACCCUCUGCUUGUUUCCCAAAGCAAAACUGGCUCAGCCAUCGCGCCCCAAUCCUGUCGGAACUCUUCUUCUGGCUCAAAAAACAAAACAAGCCUCAUUCGGAGCUUUGUAAAUUCGCGCACUGCUCCCUCAGACUGGCUCUGAACGCGGAUUACUUUCUGCUCUGAAAGGAGAAAUCUCCUCCCCUCCCAUCCGCGGGCUCCAAAACUUGAGUGCUGACUGCUUCAUCUUUGUUUUUCAUAGCUCAACAAGAGGACAAUGUCUGGAUUAAUAAUGCAGCCGUCGCUUCACGCGCCCCCGUGCAAAGGGGAAGAGUGAGGAGAGGGAAGAAGAGCUGACUGGGAGGAGGUGGCGGGUUUUUUUUCUUCCUUUUUGGCUGCAGUCCACUUGUUCUUUGGCGCAUUUGCUCUCCGAUCUCUCUUCACUGGAUUCACCGACCGACGGCUCAGGAAGACGCGCGGGGAGGACUGCGUUCACACCCUGGGCCAACGAGAGGUGACUGUCAGAAGAAAUGCCGGUCCCAGGUGCCCUAGUACAUCAUCACCGGGACCAUGGCGACUCCUUGGCCAAUAAGAAAAGAGCAAUGCUUCCAUGGCUCCGCCAGCCUUGCUAGAUGGUCGGCAUCCUCCUUGAUGCUCCUAUGGUUGCCUUGUGUGUUGCUGUGGCUGCCAUGGCCCGCUCGAGCUGAACAACUGGGCAGUGGGGCACACAGUGGAAAGACGCUUCACAGUUCCCUGUCAUCCGCCGCGUCCUCGUCAUCGUCCUCAUCCUCGUCUGCCUCGUCCCCAUCCAGCUCCUCGGCAUGGGGCUUCAACACGAGGCAGAGUGGCGGGCAGCUGGACUGGCUGCUGUCGGAGAAAGGACCCUUUCACCGAUGUCCAGAGUACACAGAGUUCAGAGAGAGGUUUCAGCAGGGGUUUUCAACAAGAUACAAGAUUUACAGGGAGUUCAGCCACUGGAAGGUGAACAGCCUGGCCACAGAGAAGAGAGAUUUUCUCAAAGCUCCGUUGCCCUUGGCACCAGAGUUCCUACGCAACCUGCGAUUACUGGGGCGACGGCCAACCCUGCAGCAAAUCAACGAAAACCUCAUCAAGAAGUACGGGACCCACUUCCUAGUUUCUGCUACCCUGGGAGGCGAAGAGUCACUGACCAUUUUCCUGGACAAGCAGAAGCUAAACAAGAAGUCAGAGGGCAACAGCAACACCUCGGUGGUCUCUCUGGAGCUGCUCCAUCAGCUGGCAGCUUCCUAUUUCACAGACCGAGAAAGCACCCUCAGGCGACUCCACCACCUCCAGAUCGCCACCUCUGCCAUUAAGGUAACCGAAACAAGGACGGGCCCUCUCGGCUGCAGUAACUACGACAGCUUGGAUUCGGUUAGCUCGGUGUUGGUGCACAGUCCGGAAAAUAAGAUCCACCUAAAGGGUUUGCAGGAUGUCCUACCAGAGUUCCUGCGUGGCCGUUUUGUGGAGGCGGCCCUCAGCUAUGUGGCGUGUAACUCCGAGGGUGAACUACUCUGUCGCAACAACGACUGCUGGUGCCGCUGCUCACCCAGAUUCCCAGAAUGCAACUGUCCCUUUGCUGACAUCAAAGUCAUGGAGGAGAACUUGGAGAAGAGCAAAGCUGCCUGGAACAACCUCAACCAAGAGUUCAUGGAGUCAGAUGAAUUUAAGGCCUUCCUGAAGCGUUUGCCCACUGACCGGUUUCUGAAUGUGACCACUAUCGCCAAGUUCUGGUCUGCCGAUCUGUCCCUCCAAAAGCGCUACACCCAGCUGGAGUCCAGCACUGCACUGGUGUUAGGAAAAGCCCAGAAGAUUGUCAGGAAAUUGUUCACCCUGAGCAAACGCUGUCCCAAACAGCCCCGCAUCAGUCUGCCCCGAGAAAGGCCAGUUGGCUUCUGGAUGGACACAGCUCAGUCUCUGCUCUACUGCAACGAGCACGGAGUUCUGGGCUCAUUCUCGGAGGAGGUGAAAAGCUGUAGCUGCCCUGUGGACCAGCCCGCCUGCCAAGGAGUGAUCCCCUGUGUUGUAGGCACCUCUCCCACCUCCUGCUCCCUUUGUGCCACAGACAAUGCCACCCGCUGUGGAGCCUGCCACCAUGGAAACUUACUCCACCUUGGUUCCUGUCGCCCAAGCGUUGCACCGUCCCUGGACCACUAUUUGAACUUUGACCUGGACAUGCCAGAUGCUGAGGUGAAAUACCUGCUCAAGCGACUCGACAGCAGAAUAGAGGUCCACGCAAUCUACAUCAGCAACGACGUCCGCUUGGGAAGUUGGUUCAAUCCUGCUUGGAGGAAAAGAAUGCUAUUGACACUCAAAAGCAACAAAAACAAAUCCAACCUCAUUCACAUGCUGAUGGGUAUUUCUUUUCAGAUAUGCUUGACGAAGAAUUCAACACUUGAACCAGUGCCUGUGAUUUAUGUUAAUCCUUUUGGGGGAAGUCACUCAGAGAGCUGGUUCAUGCCAGUGAAUCAGCCUGACUUCUCUAACUGGGAGAGAACUAGACUGGACUCCAUUGCCACUGCACAGUGUUACAACUGGACGCUGUCACUGGGCAACAAGUGGAAGUCUUUCUUUGAAACAGUGCACAUCUACCUGCGGAGCCGCAUACUCACAGAUGAUCCGACAGUGAAUGAAACUCUCUUCUACGAACCUCUGGACCUGGAAGACCAAACUUCCAAYCUGGGCUACAUGAAGAUAAACACACUUAAAGUUUUUGGAUACAGCAUGCACUUUGACCCUGAAGGCAUCAAAGAUCUGAUUCUACAGCUGGACUACCCCUACACACAGGGUACACAAGAUGCUGCCUUUCUGAUGUUGCUGGAGAUGAGAGACCGGAUUAACCGGCUAUCUCCACCGGCACCACAGCCACUUGACCUGUUCACUUGUCUGCUGCGCCACCGCCUCAAGCUGUCUGCCGGAGAGGUGGCGCGGAUCAAGGACUCUUUACAGAUCUUCAACUCCAAGCUUCCUAAUGCUUUUCCUGAACCUGACCUGGCCCAGCUGUGCAGCUAGCUAGCUUAGCACGCUGGCCAUGUUCUGGAGUUGUACUGCACACACAUAGAAGUUGUUACUUCAGGGACAAUACUGCUGAAAAGGUCUCUUGAACCAUUUGAAUUAACAAACCAGUGACUCUAAAGGCUAGCUAAGUAGGCCUUUCUUUUUUGGCAUUUCUGACAGGUUUUCAGGUGAUACUUGUAUCCUUUUUAGAAGAUGCGCUGUCCCUGUUGGGAGACAUCCUUUUGAUCUCAUUGCCAUGCUUUUGGCAAACUUUGUGAAAGACAAAAGUUAAAAAAAAUUAUCUUACUCUGACAAGUGUUUCUGGUUAAACAAACUGGUGUCUGGUGUCUUGCAAAUGAUAAAGGAGAUUUUGAUCUGUGAGGAGGCACUUUUGAGUGAUAUUCUAACAUUAGUCAAAGGAUUUUCUCUUUUCUAACUAUUUUCUUUGGAUACAGAAAUAUUUGGUUGGGGUAACCAAAUGAUAAUAAUACAUGUGUGGGAGAGGGGUUCUGUUACAYUCAAGAGUUUAACAUUUGAUCAUUCUGAACCUUGGUAAAGUCUGGGUAUUUCUUUUUAAUCCACAUCUUCCAUUUUAUUUGGCAUUUGAAAACCUGUAUCUGUUGUCAUAAUUGGAAGGGAAAGCCUGUCAUGUUCUAUUGAUGGUGGCAUGUUUAUGUCAAAAGAAAACCUAUUGGCUAAGUGGUAAAAUGUUAACAAAUGUUGACUUCYUUUAUUUUCUAUCUAAAAGUGGUACAAAAAACCUGUUUAAGAAGAGGACAAAGGUCGGCGGACGUAGCGCUGUAAAUAACGCUCCAUCUAACCCCAGAUUGUGGACUAGUGCACAUUGCUUUCUGGAUAACUGAGUGAAAAGACCAAAAAAAGUGUUUAUAACAAAACAGACUCAUGCCUUAUAUGGAAAGUCAAUGUUACGAUAAGAAGCACAUUUAAUUUCUGUGUUUGGUUUCAAAGCAAAGGUUGUAUCGCUUUUUAUAUUUCUACCAAGACGAAACAACAGACACAAUCUCCAGAGUAUGUGGUAAUGUAGCUUUUAUAUGUACAGUAAAUGCCAGUCACAUUUUUCUGCUUGUUUUGAUUUAGUGUUGUGAAAAAUUUGAGUCACCUCCCACAGUGCUCACCAGUACUUGCACUAUGUAAUUGUUCUGCAAAAUCUACAAUUAUACAAAUUCUCUUUAACUGAUAUAACUUGUUUCAUUUUUAUGAUUUGAAAGGUUUUUCAAUAGUUUACUUUAGACUCCAGUCAAUAAAAUGGUUUUAUGUUGUUGUAUUUUUUAUUUAGCACUUUCUUUGUUUUCUCCAUAGUUUAAUGCAGGUCAAAAUAUUCCUGUGUUCCAGCAAAAACAAGGUCACAAGGUUAAUCCAAGGCAGUUCUCUGGAGAGUUUGCAGAUUCACAAGAAUGAAACUUGUUAUGAUGUAACAUUUAUUACACCAGUUUCUCUCUGGAAAAGUCAGUAAACCUUGUAUGUCAUUUUCAGCUGUUCUGUGCUCAGCUUGCUUAAGUAAAAACAAAGUGGUUUA